AUGUCCAGCUAGCUCAGCGUUUCGCUCAGGCAAAUGAGAUUGUCCUGUCCUGGAACUGCUGGAAGCUCUGUGAGCAGUCCAUGUUUGAAGUGGAAAUCAUGAGGGAGGAUGAAGCUGUGAAGGUAGGAGGCUGGCCUCAUCCAUUGCACAUCCUAAAAGGUCUUCCUACCACACAGGAAAAGGUGCUCAUAGGCAGUGCUCCAGUGAUGUUCACAUAUUGGCUGACCAAACCAACAGCCAUUGGAACUCAAUUGUGGAGGGAGGCUGGGGAUAUUCUCCCAGGAACAUAGAUGAGGCAGAACAGCAAGGCUGGGAAGAGAAAGGGUAAACAAGGGAGAGAGAGCCCUCAGUCCCUCUGGUAAGGGACCAAAGAUAAUCAAGUUGGUAUGUGGACACAGAAUUGAGCAGUUUCCUUUCUGUAGCUAAGAGAUAUGCGGUUCAUUGACCCAUUUGAUUUUGGUGAGCAUUUUGACAAGUGCCUCGAUUAUCUGCCACAUUACCGUGCAAGUGCUGGUAAGUUACUUUGUCCUUUCUACCUGAGCCCCAAAUUUUAAAGAUUAAUUUUCCACAUGGCUGGAGACAUUUUGUUUGUUUUUCUUUUUUCAGAGACGCUAAGAACUGCAUUGGAAUUGGAUCCAGACUCUGCACUUAAGCAAACACUGCGGAAGCACAUAAUGAAAAACCUUUUAAAGAAGAUCGAUGAAGGCCACCCUGUGGAGUAUGUAUCCGAGUUCCGUACGGUAACUAUGGUUUUGGUCAGCCUAGAGUUCCACAGGACAGCACGGAUGCUGCAUUUGUGUCAGCUUAUCCAGGAGGCUGCCUUAUACAUCUCUACAGUCAUUGAGAAAGGGGGUGGCCAGCUGAGCCGGAUCUUUAUGUUUGAGAAAGGCUGCAUGUUCCUCUGUGUUUUUGGCCUUCCUGGGGAUAAGAAGCCAGAUGAGUGUGCACGCGCCCUGGAGAGCUCCUUCAGCAUCUUCAGAUUCUGCUGGGAGAAUCUUGCUGAGACCAAGCUUGUUUCCAUCAGUAUCACCAAUGGACCAGUAUUCUGUGGUGUGGUUGGAGCAGUAGCAAGACACGAAUAUACAGUUAUCGGCCCAAAAGUGAGUCUCAUGGCCAGAAUGAUAACUGCUUAUCCAGGUUUGGUGUCCUGUGACGAGGUAACAUAUCUAAGAUCCAUGCUACCUGCAUACAACUUCAAGAAACUCCCAGAGAAAAUGAUGAAAAACAUCUCUAACCCAGGGAAGAUUUAUGAAUAUUUUGGCCAUAGAAGAUGUAUAAUGUUUGGGAAAAGGCAUUUGGCCAGAGAGAGAGACAAAAAUCACCCUCUGUUAGACCGGGAAAAAGAAUUGGAAGCCUUCCGAAUGGCACAGCAAUGGUGUUUGUACCAGAAGAAGGGACAAGCGGUUUUGUAUGAAGGUGGAAAAGGAUAUGGAAAAAGCCAGCUGUUGGCUGAAAUAAACUUCUUGGCCCAGAAGGAAGGGCAUAGGGUGUUGCCAUUGAAGCUGAAGGAAGCAGAUUCCAAGCAGCGCUUCUAUGCCAUCCAGACCCUCAUGGCCAUCUUCUUUGAGAUUGACACAUGCCCAGCCUAUUACCGGCAAGAGUGCCUACAAAGACAGCUUUGCCAGAUGGUGGAGGAACCACUUCACUGCCUUUUCAACGAACUCUUCUUUGUGAAGGCAGUGAGGGAAACACCGCUGAUUCUCCUCAUUGAUGAGGCCCAGUAUAUGGAUGCAGCUUCCUGGGAGUUUUUGGGAACAUUGCUCUCCAGAGUGCCCGUCGUCAUGGUGAUGACGUUGACCUCUACCUUCACCCUGUGUGGCUGGGCCCAGCACUUCCUGCAGAGCCCUCAGGCUGUUUUUGUGCCUAUUUUGAAGUUGGCAACAACCUCGUUGUUGAGAAUGGCAUGUCGGGAACUAGGGGUGGUGAGCAUCCCCCCAGAGCUGCAGAUCUACCUUCUCCGCAGGUGCUUUGGAAACCCCCUCUAUUGUAAGGUCCUGUGCCAGGACCUUCUGUCUAAGGACAUAUUGCUCUUUCAUGACCUAAAAAAGGAGGAGAAGGAGAACAGCAAGUGGGAGACCCUCUCUGCGAAUGUCAUGAAAUCCACAAUGUGUAGUACUUCUCCUGCCAGCUCUGAAGAAGACCAGGAACUUUAUGUCUGCACAGUCAAGGAUGACGUGAACUUGGAUACAUUGCUUCUCCCACCAUCUUUAAAAGAAAUAGCAGUAAACCAACUGGAUCAACUGGGCACAGAGAAACAGUUGCUGGUCAAGUGUGCUGCAGUCAUUGGUCACUCCUUCCACAUAGAUUUGCUGCAGCACCUUCUGCCUGGCUGGGAUAAAAAGAAACUAUUGCAGGUGUUGAGGGCUCUUGUGGAUAUACGUGUGCUCCGCUGGCUCAACAAGAGCCAAAACCUUCCUGCUGAGCCCAUAUUAGCACCCUCCUCUAUUGACGUCAUCCAUCAAACCAAAGCGAAGAAGAAAAAGUCAGUUGCUGGCUCAGCCUCUCUUCUCAGGCUACAAGAGGAACUAUCUGUACCUCAAACCAAGGUGUUGGAAUUUGGAGUACCUUUAUUACGGGAAGCUGCUUGGGAGUUGUGGCCCAAAGAACAACAGAUAGCUCUGCACCUGGAAUGUGCCUGCUUUCUCCAAGAUUUGGCCUGCCGCUGUGGGAGCUGUCAUGGAGGGGAUUUUGUUCCCUUCCAUCGCUUUGCAAUCUAUUCUACCAAGAGCUCCAAUGGGACCUCCCGAUUCUGCACUUACAAAGACACUGGCUCGGUGCUAACACAAGUGAUCACAGACAAAUUGCAGCUGCCUUCUCCCCAAGGUGAAGGUAGCUUUCGGUUCCAGGCAAAACCAUCCAGCACUCAGGAGGCCUUCUCGAGUGAACACUGCAGAACAGAGGAAGAGUUUCUGGAGCAAGUGAAUAGGAAGCUGGCUGAGACUAGCCCCAAGAAGGGCCUAUUCACCAGGAAGCCCUGCCACUGUGAGGAAAUCCUGCAAUUAGUGCUCUCACCCCUCACCCAGCACUGCUUGGUCAUUGGAAAAACCACCUGUGCAUUUUAUUACCUGCUGGAGGCUGCUGCCGCCUCCUUGGACUUGUCAGAUCAUUACAUGGCCUUCUUUUAUUUGAGGAAGGCAAGCAGUCUUCUGGGCCAACCCUCAGCAUUCUCAUUCUUGAGAAAACACAAGGUGAAGAUCUGUCAGUUUGAGGAGGCCACUUUCUGCUGUCUUUGGUCAGAGGUCUGUUUCAACAUGGGACAGAUCACCUUAGCCAAAAAAUUGGCUAGGCAAGCCCUUCAACUGCUGAAAAGGAAUUUCCCUUCGACCUGGUUUGGUAUCCUUUUCCAAACAUUCCUGGAAAAGUAUUGGCAUUCCCGUUCCCUGAGCCAACCUCCAAACAACCCUAGUGAGAAUAAGAAGAAGUUGGCGGUCCUGCAGCAGCGGGUGCACUGCCUCUCCCUACUCUGGCAGCUCUAUAACCUGGAGGCCGCAGCCAGCAGCCGCAGGUUUGCCUGUCUGGCCACUCUUAUGCAGAAGAACUCAGCCGAGGAGUUUGAAAAUGAAGCCCAGGUUGUCUCUACCUACUUGGACCUAUCCCAGUUCUCCCAGAACAUGGGUGACAGGGAGAAGUGGCUGCGCUGUGAGCAGAUGGCCAUUCAGAAGAGUAGCCUGUGCUGCUUCUCCAGGGAGGGACUUCUGGCCGCAGCCCAGCUCAUGCAGGCCCUGGCCUACAGCAAGCUCUGCCUUGGCCAUCUGGACUUCUCCAUCAAGCUGGGAUUGCGGUGUUGGCCCUUUGGCGAGUGUCUACAGUUCACUCAACACCAUGAGCACAGCUGUGUUCUAACCUCUCAGAGCAAUGUCAUGCUGGGGAUCCACUCCUCCCUGGCCAUGUGGUUUGCCCAGGACUCACAGUGGGACCUGUUUGAGCAACAUUUCUCCAAGGCUUGCCAGUUGGUGAAAAAAACCAAUGCCUCACUAUUUGGUUCACAUGGCUUUGUCCGAUUUCUAGAGUGCCAAGUGCUAAUGUUACAGAAAAUGCCAGAGGGUAUCUUCAUGCAGAGUCCCCCAGUGACUCACAGCCAAACCCUCAAGGAUUUGACAGAGUGGCUGAUAUCAAGAAUAAGGAUGCAGAAGAAACUCAAGAAUAUAUAUGUUAAAACAAUAAUAAUCUGAAGGGGCCAUGAUUCUCUUAUUGUAUAUAACACAAGGAAAGGCAAUGCCCCAAAUUCUCUUUUUUAAGAUACUGUAUAGUGUACAUAUUAAAUAUACUGGCCUUUUAGAGUCACUGCUAUCAAUAUCUUUGUCAAAAUAAAAGCCUAUG